AUGCAUUCAGUAUUUUUAUUUCAUGCUAUUAAAGCUGGUCUUGAUAUGGGUAUUGUUAAUGCUGGUCAAAUUCCAAUAUAUAUUGAUAUUGAUCCUCGUCUCCGAGAACUUUGUGAAGCAUGUAUAUUUAAUAAACGAUCAACAGCAACUGAAGAAUUACUUGAUUAUGCUCAACAACUUAAAUUAAAUGCUGGUACUGGAGAUGAUAUUAAAGCAGGAAAAGAAGAAGAAUCGUGGAGAAUAAAUACAGCUGUUGAUGAACGUCUUAAAUAUUCAUUGGUGAAAGGAAUUGAUAAAUAUAUAGACGAGGAUAUUGAAGAAGCAAGACAUAAUUAUCCACGUCCCUUACAUGUUAUCGAAGGGCCAUUAAUGAAUGGUAUGAGUGAAGUAGGAGAAUUAUUUGGCGCUGGUAAAAUGUUUUUACCACAAGUUAUUAAAUCAGCAAGAGUCAUGAAGAAAGCAGUGAAUUAUUUAAUUCCAUUUAUGGAAGAAGAAAAACAAAGAAAUUUAAAAUUAUUAAAAGAACAAGGUAGUACCUGUAUAAGUGGAUUAGAUGCACAAGCAACUAUUGUUUUAGCCACUGUUAAAGGUGAUGUCCAUGAUAUUGGAAAGAAUAUUGUUGGUGUUGUACUUGGUUGUAAUAAUUAUCGAGUCAUUGAUUUAGGUGUUAUGACACCCUGUGACAAAAUUCUGAAAAUUGCAAAAGAAGAAAAUGCAGAUUUUAUUGGUUUAUCCGGUUUGAUUACUCCAUCAUUAGACGAAAUGAUUGUAGUUGCAAAAGAAAUGCAACGAUUAAACUUUCGUAUACCAUUAUUAAUUGGUGGUGCCACUACAUCAAAACAACAUACCGCAGUUAAAAUAGCUCCUCGUUAUCAUAAUGGCCCAGUUAUACAUGUAUUAGAUGCAUCGAAAAGUGUUGUUGUUUGUGGAAAUCUUCUAAAUAAAGAUAAAAAACAAGAUUAUGUAGAAGAUAUUGCUGAAGAUUAUAAUGAUAUUCGUGAUGAAUAUUAUGCCAAUCUUAAACAAAUACGUUGUUUAUCAUUAAAUGAUGCUCGAAAAAAACGAUGGAUUAGCGAAAAUGAAAGUGUUAAUAUAACAAAGCCAACAUUUUUAGGUACUGAAGUAUUCGAUAAUAUCGAUGCAGAAAAAUUAAUUGCAUACAUUGAUUGGAAACCAUUUUUCGAUGCUAUGCAAAUACGUGGCAAAUAUCCAAAUCGUGGCUAUCCAAAAUUAUUUGAUUGUAAAGAAGUAGGCGCACAAGCUCGUAUUGUUUUUGCUGAUGCACAAAAAAUUCUAUCGGAUAUUAUUGCACGAAAAAUAUUUUCAAUUCGUGCUGUUAUUGGAUUUUAUCCGUGUAAAACAGUCGGUGAUGAUGUUAUUAUUUAUGAUCCAAAAGAUCCAUCAAAACAAAUAUCAACAUUAUUCGGUUUAAGGCAACAAACAGAACGUGAUUCAAAUGUUUACAUGUGUUUAUCAGAUUUUAUAUCAUCAACUACAACCGACUAUAUUGGACUUUUUGCAUUAGCAGUUUUCAAUGUUGAACAAGAAGCACAACGAUUAGUACAAAAAGAGUCCGAUGAUUAUUCAUCGAUUAUCUUGAAAUUAUUAGGCGAUCGUUUAGCUGAAGCAUGUGCUGAAUAUUUACAUGAACGUGUUCGUCGGGAAUUGUGGGGUUAUGCACCGAGUGAAAAUCUAUCAAUUAAAGAACUACUAUCAGUAAAAUAUCAAGGUAUUCGUCCUGCUGCUGGUUAUCCAACACAACCCGAUCAUACCGAAAAGAAAGCGAUGUGGAAUUUAUUAAAUGCUGCAGAAGCCGUUGGCAUUGAAUUAACAGAAUCGCUUGCUAUGCAGCCACCAUCGGCUGUUUCCGGACUUUUUAUAUCUCAUCCUGAAUCAACUUAUUUUGCCGUUGGAAAAAUUAAUGAAGAUCAAGUACAUGAUUAUGCUGAUCGAAAAGGAAUGUCCGUCAAAGAAGUUGAAAAAUGGUUAUCACCAAUUUUAGCUUAUGAUGUUGAUACACAAUAA